AUGGGGGUCACCGGGGCCACCAGGGUCAUGGGGUCACCAGGGUCACCAGGGACACAGGUAUCACCAGUGAUCACCAGGGCCACCAGGGCCACCGGGGCCACCAGGGCCACCAGUGUAAUCAAUAUCACCAGGGCCACUGGGGUCACCAGUCCCACCAGUGUCACCAGGCACAUGGGGUCACUGGGGUCACCAGGUCCACCAGGGUCACCAGGGCCACCGAGGUCACUGGGGUCACCAGGAAAACGGGCACCAGGGACAUCGGGGCCACUGGGGUCACUGGGAUCCCCGGGUUCACCAGGGUCACCGGGGUCACCAGGGUCAUGGGGUCACUGGGGUCACCGGGGUCCCCAUGGCCACCCCCACCCU